AUGGAAGCAAACUACGUCUAUCUCGACGGCACGACCGUGACCGAAGACAUCAUCGGAAUAGGCGGCACGGGCAUCGUCGUCUCCCGCCGAGGGUACGCGUACAAGAUACCUCUAAUAUCCAAAAUCCUCAAGAUCGACGGCAUUCCCUUCGACUAUGGAGCACUAUUGCCUCGCAAGGAAGGUGACUAUGACGAGCGCGCCACGGCUGUCAAGGCCUUGGAGCACGAAAAAGACAUCUAUAGGAGACUAGGCGACCAUCCGGGGAUUAUCCACUGCCUCAACCUUCAAUCCCCCGACCCUUCGAUCCAGAUGCCGUUGAUGGAGGGCGACCUGCGACACUACCUGGACCAGACACCAACAUGGCCUGGAAAAGCGACAUUACUGUCCUGGAUGACCCAGUUGGCCCACGCCAUGGUCCACAUCCAUUCCCGCCGGGUCAUCAUCGCCGACUUCCGUUUAGACAACAUCGUCUUUGACGAGAAGAUGGAUAUCAAGCUCGUGGACUUUUCCGAGUCCACUCUUAUGCCGCUUGACUGGGAUCUAGACGGCCGUGAUGCGAAUGGCUUUUCGAUAUGGACCGACAUUGGCCAGUUUGGGGCCGUCAUGUUCGAUAUGACAACGGGGCAGCGAUGUACCUUUGACAUCUAUCAAGAUUGGAAGCAGGUCGGAGAUCCGACAACCUGGCCUGGACGAGAAACUCUCCCGUCAACUCGCCGAGUAUGGUUAGGUCCCAUCAUUGAGAAGUGCUGGAACAAGCAAUUUGCGUUGGCGCGACGUCUUGCAGAAGAGCUGGAAAAGGAAAUGCCUCUGCUGAAAUAA